AAAGAGCUUAAUGCUAAAGAUAUGGUUGAACAGGAUAUUAACUAUGAGGAAAUUGAGAAAAUUGAGAAAAUUGGCAGUGAAUAUAGUGAAGAAAUUCCUGCAACUACACAAAAACCUACUACACUGUGUGUCAUAAUUGAUAAUAAUUAUGGAGAAAUAUGUCACUAUAAUAGAAUCAGCAAUAAGAGGUUGCAAGAACUUGUUGGUGUUUGGAAAAUUGAUGCAAAUGCUGUUGAAGAA